UUUAUUGGGUGCAAGGGUAACUUAGGAAUCGAGCCUGUGAAAUAGUUUUCCUGUAAGCAGGGUUUAGAUUUCAAACUCUUGUCUGCUAAAGGUGGGUAGCUGCCCGUUCGUGUCUUGUACUUACGCAUCAACUAUAGACAUAGAAUAUGUUACCUAUCUUAGAGCGUAUGCCAUUAGGUUUUACUCCUGUGACAUUUAAGCACUAAUCUGAUUUGACAGGGUUUCCAUUGAUCAUUUGUGUUGCAAUAAUGGGCUAAAAUCUUUUCUAUUUUGGUUUCAAUACCAACAAUUACAUUAAAAGAACUAAGUCAUAAUUGUAAUGGACCGUUCAUCAAUACUACUUUAGGAUUUCCUGUAUUCAGUUUCAAUAAAGCAAAACAAUGGUGGUUUCAUCCCUUGUGAAGAGUGCCAAUUAAUGAUACAUUUAUCCGUAUGUUAUAUUUUAUAGCUCUCUUGCCUUCAAAGGUACUUCUUUUUCAUCUCCCUUUUUCAAAAGAUUAGCUUGACAGAAUAUGUAAAGCAUUUCAAAUGGCAAUGCUAAUCCAUGCAGUGAGGUAUAAACAUGCUUAUGGUGGGAUUUUUAAAAAUCAUUUCAGUUUUAUAUCCAGGUCUAUGUAGAAAGACUAUUUGUGUUCCUCUUCAGAAAAACAAAACAAGAAAAAAACAAAUUGAUCAGCACGCCCAUGUUAUAUUCAAAGUGCUACUGGAGCACUACUUAGCAAAAAUUGAUUUUGAUAAUCUCAGCGAGAGUCCAUGCACAUAGCCUAAUGGGCCCUGAGUCUCAUGCAGUAACAAGUCAGUCAUGCAUAACAAAUGAUGAUAUCAUAAAGACUGUAGUUAGUGGAAAUCACUGAUGCUGGCUAAUUUGUUUUUGUUGCAUAAGCUCAGAAAAAGCCAUAGGCAUCAGGAUUUAAAUUAAUUGUAUUUAAGUCUGUUUUUCAAAAGUGAGGCAAGGGAGAGAAAGGAGGCUGUAUUUAAGUUUCGGAUGACUGAGAAGUCACUAGAGAAACACACACUAAAAUGUUUGGUUUUGAUUGCUCCCACAGUAUCUGCAACAGUGCCAAAGCCACAGAAUGCAAGAAUCACUUCAGUUAAUCUUCAUAGCAUUUUUCAGUGGGAUGCACCUAGCUUUCACAAAGGGAAUAUAAGUUACGCUGUCCAAUCUAAGAGCAUCAAUUUACCGGGAAACGCAUACAAAAAUGUGAGCACAAACUUGACACUCACAGAGUGCGAUGUCUCUUCUCUGUCUGCAUAUGGAGACUACAUUCUACGGGUCAGAGCGGAGUCAGAAAAUAACCAUUCAGACUGGGUGACUGUCAGAUUUAAGCCAAUGGAUGACACAGUCAUUGGGCCACCUGAUGUGGAAGUGAAGUCAGAGUCUGGGUUCCUGCAUGUGGAUUUCAGAGGCCCUUUUGCUGAACAUGAACAUGACAAGUGGUCUCUAAAGCAGUAUUACGGCUCGUGGAAUUACAGAAUACUGUACUGGAAGAAACGCAGCAAUACAGACGUAACUUCUGCUUCUGGGGUAACUCACAUAGAUACUAAACAUAACUCUGAAAUAUUAUCUCAGUUGGAACCAUGGACAGUAUAUUGUAUUCAAGUGCAAGCAGUUAUCCCCGAGUGGAACAAAACAGGGAAACUGAGCAAAGAACUUUGUGAGCAGACAACCCACAACGGUAUAACUCCCACGUGGGUAAUUGUGGCCGUUCUUAUAGGAUCAAUGUUGGUCGUUAUAAUAUCUGUUCCUGUUUGUUUCUUUUCUUUUUUGUAUCUGUAUCGACUCACCAAACAUGUUUUCUGCCCUUCAUAUAUUUUCCCACAACACUUGAAAGAGUUUUUGAGCAAGCCUCCCAGUGGUUCACAGUUUUUUUCUCCCUUCCCACAAGAAGAGCAUCUUUUUUGUGACAAGGUAACUGUCAUUUCAGAAGAAUCCAAAAAUCACAGUGAUGAGACUGGGGACGAGGCCAACAAGAGAACAGAGCACCUUCAGGACUCUGAACAAGAAGAUUCUGAUUCAAGAAUAGUACCAGCUUUAGAAAAGGCAUAAACGCCCUCCUUAUGCUUCACUCAUGCCAAAAGAAAAGCAAAUGGGCUGUUGAGUUUGUCUUCUUAUUGCUGCAUUCUUAAGACAGUAAAAAUUCAUACAGAAAGAUGUGUACACAGACUUUGGAUGGAAUCAUUAUUUUUUUAAAGUGCAAGAAACUUGACUAUAAGUGAGGAAUUAAACGAUACAUGAUUUUUGCCACUGUUUAUAGUGGUUCACUGUUCAGUUGUAGCAAUACCUGUGACUGUGUUAUGACAUUAAUUUAAAAAGCAAUUAUAUAUAUAUAUAAUUUUUAUAUAUAUAAAAUAUUAAUUUAACUUUGAUGAACUAUUUAUUACCAAAGCUAAUCAAAAUGGCAUAUAGGAUAAGGUUUGUAAAAGAAAAUCUUAUUUUGUAAAGAGAGACCUGAGCUGACAUUUUUUUUAAUGAGAAAUUAUGUGUACUUCUUAAGGAUAUCCCUAGCGCCAUAUUGAAUAUUUUUUUACCUGAUGCAAAAUUGUAAAGCUGUUAUGAUGGUAUGAACUUGGUAUGAAUAAACAAAGCACAAGUAUUCA